UUUCAUUUCUUGUUCAAAAAUGAGAGAAAGAGAGAUGCAGAAAAUGAGAAGUGUGUGUCCCUCACCUACCAGAGUAUUAUAAAAAUAUAAAAAUAUCAAUAAACAAUCCGUUGGAUAGUUAACAGAAUUCCUCACUUUAAUCGGCUAGCUGGCGGAACUUGAUAAUCAAAGUCUUCCAGAUUCUUCUUCUUCUUUUGACUUAUUAUGAGGAUUGAAUGCAGAUCAUGAUUAAAUUGAAGCUUUAUUAAGACAAGGGUCAAGUCAAUGCUAUGCUGUUACAAGCUGGUUGAAAUUUAAAAUGAAUUGGAUCAAAAUUUUACAGUCUGCCACUCGGUUGCCUAAAGUCAAUAGUGCUAUAACCACAACCACAGGUAGCUCACCAAAUUACUAUCUAGUGAACAAGCAACAAAGUGGUGUGCUUGGUGUUGGUAAGAUCCUAUUUUCCAAGAGAGCUGGUUUGGAUAAAGGGGACACUGCUCAUGCUGAAAGUUUGGUUUGGGAAAGAAAAUUGCAUUUGAGAUCGUGCGGCCAUGUGCCAGGCAAUGGUCCCAACGUGAGUAGAGAUGAUCUAGCAAAAAUGUGGGCUGAAGAUAGUAAAAGGAAAGCAAAAAGGAAUAAAGAGAAAUUUGCUUGGGUAAAGGUUAAAAAAGCAAGUGAACAAGAAAUGGCUUCUAUACUUGGGGAUAGUUAUGAUUCCAGACAAUUUGUCAGGGAGCCUCUGCGGUCUUCAUCCCCAGAGGAGGCCUGGAUUAAGCCUCUCCUUUCAAGAUCGAAUCUGCUUAUUACUAGAGACAUAGAAUGGGCCAACCUCACACUUGGUUUUGAACAGGAGAACAGAUAUGCUAUAGUUGAUGUCAACAACCCACAAGUGCCUGCAGGUUAUAUCCGUGAGCAGAGCAAUGUCAUUGCCAGACAGUUGCUUCGCACGAGACGCCCUUUUGUUGCUACUAUAACUGAUGGGUCUGGAAAUGAGCUGUUUAGGGUCCGAAGGCCAUUUUGGUGGUUAACCAGCUCGAUCUAUACUGAAGUAGGUGGAAAGGAAAUUGGUGUAGUUCAUAGAAGAUGGCAUCUCUGGAGGAGGAUCUAUGAUUUGUAUUUGGGCAAUGAGCAGUUUGCAGUAGUCGAGAAUCCUGGCUUUUGGAAUUGGACGUUUACCUUAAAGGACAUUAAUGGUGAGGUGUUAGCUGAGAUUGAUCGUGACUGGCGAGGUUUUGGUUUUGAGGUGUUCACUGAUGCUGGCCAAUAUGUAAUCCGAUUUGGGAGUGAGGCUGAUGACCUUGUGUCAGAACUUUCUGGAAAGAUUCAAGAAUUCAAAGUACAUCGUCCACUGACAUUGUCUGAACGAGCGGUAACUGUUGCACUUGCUGUCUCAUUAGACAACGACUAUUUCUCAAGACACGGAGGCUGGGGACUUCCUCUCAUUUUAGUUGGUGAAUGACACUCGAAGGUGAUUUGCUACAAAAUAUGUAAUCUUUUGAGGAUGUGUAGAGGCAUAGGAGCACAAUACGACAUGUAUGGAUGUCAUUAUUAGAUAUAUCAUUACGGUUUUAUCAAAAUCUCUCCCAUGGCAGUUAAUUGAGAAAAUUUCCAAUUAAACGUAUUGGUGUAUAUACGCAAUGCAAACAUCAUUUUGUGUUACUGCACCUUGGUGGAAACUAUAUGUUCAGUGGCUUAUGUUUUGUAUGGCA